GGCAACUCCAGGAUUUGGCCACCCUUCCGUGCCUGUCACCCCACCCCUCUGUUCUCCUAGGGUGACCUUGAGCCGCAAACCUGCUGUCUGCGUGGACCGGGGCCGACAUCACACGUCCAUCUGCCAGGACCUCUGUGUCCAAACUCCGAGACAUGGCGACCAAUGGCAGCAAGAUGGCUGAUGGGCAGAUCUCCACGGAGGUCAGCGAGGCCCCCGUGGCCAAUGACAAGCCCAAAACUCUGGUGGUCAAGGUGCAGAAGAAGGCGGCGGACCUUCCGGACCGGGACACGUGGAAGGGCCGCUUUGACUUCCUCAUGUCCUGUGUGGGCUACGCCAUUGGCCUGGGCAACGUCUGGAGAUUCCCCUAUCUCUGCGGCAAAAACGGUGGUGGGGCCUUCCUGAUCCCCUACUUCCUGACACUCAUCUUUGCCGGGGUCCCACUCUUCCUGCUGGAGUGCUCCCUGGGCCAGUACACAUCCAUCGGGGGCCUGGGGGUGUGGAAGCUGGCCCCCAUGUUCAAGGGUGUGGGCCUUGCCGCUGCCGUGCUGUCAUUCUGGCUGAACAUCUACUACAUCGUUAUCAUCUCCUGGGCCAUCUACUACCUGUACAAUUCCUUCACCACAACGCUGCCGUGGAAACAGUGUGACAACCCCUGGAACACGGACCGCUGCUUCUCCAACUACAGCAUCGUCAACACCACCAACAUGACCAGCGCCGUGGUCGAGUUCUGGGAGCGGAACAUGCAUCAGAUGACAGACGGGCUGGAUAAGCCAGGACAGAUCCGCUGGCCUCUGGCCAUCACCCUGGCCAUCGCCUGGAUCCUUGUGUAUUUCUGUAUCUGGAAGGGUGUUGGCUGGACUGGAAAGGUGGUUUACUUCUCUGCCACUUACCCGUACAUCAUGCUGAUCAUCCUGUUCUUCCGUGGAGUUACGCUGCCUGGGGCCAAGGAGGGUAUCCUCUUCUACAUCACACCCAACUUCCGCAAGCUGUCUGACUCCGAGGUGUGGCUGGAUGCGGCAACCCAGAUCUUCUUCUCCUACGGACUGGGUCUGGGAUCCCUGAUCGCUCUUGGGAGCUAUAACUCUUUCCACAACAACGUCUACAGGGACUCCAUCAUUGUCUGCUGUAUCAAUUCCUGCACCAGUAUGUUCGCGGGAUUUGUCAUUUUCUCCAUCGUGGGCUUCAUGGCCCAUGUCACCAAGAGGUCCAUUGCUGAUGUGGCAGCCUCAGGCCCUGGAUUGGCGUUCCUGGCGUACCCGGAGGCGGUGACCCAGCUCCCCAUCUCUCCCCUCUGGGCCAUCCUCUUCUUCUCGAUGCUGCUGAUGCUGGGCAUUGACAGCCAGUUCUGCACCGUGGAGGGCUUUAUCACGGCCCUGGUGGAUGAGUACCCCAGGCUCCUCCGCAACCGCAGGGAGCUCUUCAUUGCGGCUGUCUGCAUCGUCUCCUACCUGAUCGGCCUCUCCAACAUCACCCAGGGGGGCAUCUAUGUCUUCAAACUGUUUGAUUACUACUCUGCAAGCGGCAUGAGCCUGCUGUUCCUCGUGUUCUUCGAAUGUGUCUCCAUUUCCUGGUUUUACGGUGUUAACCGAUUCUAUGACAACAUCCAAGAGAUGGUUGGCUCCAGGCCCUGCAUCUGGUGGAAACUCUGCUGGUCCUUCUUCACCCCAAUCAUUGUAGCGGGUGUGUUCAUUUUCAGUGCUGUGCAGAUGACUCCUCUCACCAUGGGAAACUACAUUUUCCCCAAGUGGGGCCAGGGCGUGGGCUGGCUCAUGGCUCUGUCUUCCAUGGUCCUCAUCCCUGGGUACAUGGCCUACAUGUUCCUCACCUUAAAGGGCUCCCUGAAGCAGCGCAUCCAGGUCAUGAUCCAGCCCAGCGAAGACAUCGUUCGCCCAGAGAACGGUCCGGAGCAGCCCCAGGCCAGCGGCUCAGCCAGCAAAGAGGCCUACAUCUAGGGGUGUCUGGCGGCUUGCCGACCCGACACUCUCACCCCCCAACCUGGCUGAACAUGACCACCACUUGAUGUCUGAAGAUACCGUCUAUCUCAACCUACCUCGAGUGGCGAGUCCAGACACCAUCACCAUGCAAAGAGAGGGGAGGUGGGGGACAGUCACCCCCAGUGGGCUCCGCCCUGGGCAAAGAUACCCGAUGGCUCCAGCACCUGCGCGCUGGUGACCUUUUGAAUGCGGGCCCCAUAAGCAUCAAGCAAUCAGCCUCUGUGACUGUGCGAUAGAUCAUUUUUAUCCUGCCAGCGAGUGUGAUGCGGUGAGGCCACACACUCGUGGCUUUUAGUCAUAUUCCUGACUGUUCUCCUACUGCCGAAACUCAUGACUCUUAUCUCAGACUUUGCCGGAGUUCGGUUCCGUCGGAACGCUGCUCUGAACACAUGAAAAGGGCAUUCUGUAUAAUGGGGAUUUCCAGGGAGAGCUCACUCUUAAGUAGCAGGGAGCCCGCGGAGCUCUGACUUUCAUUUUUUUUGUUUGUUUGUUUAU